AUGAAGGAGAAAUCCAAAAAUGCUGCCCGGACUCGACGGGAAAAGGAGAAUAGUGAGUUUUAUGAACUGGCCAAACUGUUGCCGCUGCCAUCCGCCAUCACGUCCCAGUUGGAUAAAGCCUCCAUCAUCCGCCUGACAACAAGCUACCUGAAAAUGAGGAUAGUCUUUCCUGAUGGCCUUGGUGAGUCGUGGGGUCAUGUGAGCCGCAGCACUCUGGAUGGGGUCAGCCAGGAAUUAGGCUCCCAUCUCCUACAGACAUUGGAUGGCUUCAUUUUUGUGGUUGCUCCAGAUGGGAAAAUAAUGUACAUAUCAGAAACAGCCUCGGUUCACUUAGGUCUGUCUCAGGUUGGUUUAGCAAAGGUAGAGUUGACAGGAAACAGCAUUUAUGAAUACAUCCAUCCAGCAGACCACGAUGAAAUGACCGCAGUCCUCACCGCACACCAGCCUUACCAUUCACAUUUUGUCCAAGAAUAUGAGAUGGAGCGCUCAUUCUUUCUGAGAAUGAAAUGCGUUCUUGCGAAAAGGAAUGCUGGUCUUACGUGUGGAGGCUACAAGGUCAUUCACUGCAGUGGCUACCUGAAAAUCCGCCAGUACAGCCUGGACAUGUCUCCUUUUGACGGCUGCUAUCAGAAUGUUGGGCUGGUGGCCGUUGGUCACUCAUUACCACCCAGUGCAGUGACUGAGAUCAAACUGCAUAGCAACAUGUUCAUGUUUAGAGCCAGCCUGGAUAUGAAGCUCAUCUUCCUCGAUUCACGGGUUGCAGAGCUUACGGGCUACGAGCCACAAGAUUUAAUAGAGAAGACCCUCUAUCAUCAUGUCCACAGCUGUGACUCCUUCCAUCUGCGCUGUGCACAUCAUUUAUUGCUUGUAAAAGGCCAAGUCACCACAAAGUACUACCGUUUCCUGGCCAAGCAUGGUGGCUGGGUGUGGGUUCAGAGUUAUGCUACCAUCGUGCACAACAGUCGCUCAUCCCGACCUCACUGCAUUGUCAGUGUCAACUACGUUCUCACGGAGACAGAGUAUAAAGGCCUCCAACUAUCUUUGGAUCAGAUCACACCCAAGGCUUCUUGCAAUACAGGAGGCAGCCUAGCUGAGACGGGAAGAACCCCUAAGAGCAAAAUAUCCCGACCCAAGACCAAAGCUAGACUCUCACCAUACACACAGUACCCCAGUUUUCAGACAGAACGGUCUGAUUCAGAUCAGGACAGUGCCUGGAGGGACAGUCCCCUCACGGACACAGAGUCACCACAGCUGCUGGAGAUGAACGAAGGCCUGGACACCUCUUGUGUGUACAGGCAGUUCACUGAUCCUCGUCCGCUGUGCUACAGUCGUUCAGAAGAGCGGCAUCACGGCAUUGAUGGCCACACACACGUCCAUGCGCAUGCUCAAGGUCAAAGUUGUGAGCAGGGACGAUGUGAGGCAGGGCGCUAUUUCCUCGGAGCACCUCCUCCCGGCAGAGACACCUGGUGGAGCACUGCAAGGUCCAUUCUGCCACUGAGCAAGGGCUCACUGGAGAACCAUGAGGCGUAUGAUGGCAGCACACCCCACAUCACAGCAGUCCAUUGCUUCCAUGGACGCAAUCACUGGGACGAGGACAGUGUAGUAAGUUCACCAGAUGGAGGCUCAACCAGUGACUCAGGUGAUCGCCAGCGACCUGAGCAGUACUGCACCAGUCCACACGAACCCACCAAAAUCGAGACACUCAUUCGAGCUACGCAGCAUUUGAUUAAGGAGGAAGAAAGUCGACUUCAGCAACGCAAGGCUCACCCAAAUACUCCACUGGGGCAAGGCAAUGGGCUGUCAAACAGCCCUGGUCUCUGCUUUACCUCCGAGUAUACUCAACGGCCAAGACCGGCUGUGGUAUGUCGAGGUGUGAGUCACAUGAUCAGCCCGGUGCCCAGCCCCACUAUAUUGUCCAGGCUUAGCAGUCCAGGGUCUGAAAGCCUCAACAAGUCGAAAGACUACCACCAAACAGACCUGUCCCCACAUUCUUCACAAUUACACCACCCUUUUGGUCGACCAGGCUCGUGUUCAGCGUCUCCCACCCCGGCCCCAGCGCUGUACCCCCCACACACCCACUUUAGGCCAUACUUGGAAAAGCAUACGCCGUACCCAUUGGCAGGCUACGCUCUUGAACACCUUUAUGACCCAGAGAGCCUCCGGGGAUACUGCACUUCUGCCAGCACCGAUGUGACCCCUCACCUCCACAUACCGGCAGAGCAGACCCCCGGACACAAAGGCACCUCUGUCAUUAUCACCAAUGGCAGCUAACACUCGUUUUACACAAGCACGAGGACUGGUGGCACUAAGCCCCCGUGGCUGCCUGGUUAGCCCCCAGAAAGAAAUCACUGUUGUGGCUCUCUGAGCUUAUUUUUACAUCAUACUGACCUCUAAAAUUAACUUUCUAAAUUACUGAGUUACAGUUGGAGCAGUGGUUUCAACUGGUUUGGCAGAGGGACCCACCAUCGCCCCUUAAUGGCAACGACCCAAAUAGCAAACAUUUUCAACUAAAAUUUCUCAAACAUCCUAUAUUUCAUGACAAGACAGUGCGGUUUGAAUUUGAGGUAGUACAAAACAAUCAUAAGUUGGAUGAACAUUUCAGGAACAACAAGUUUUUAUUCUCAAACUUGAUUAUUUUAAGAAAAGGUAUCUGGAAAAUGUUUGUAUUCUGCUCCCCCUCGCAUUCGGUUUCUACUUGCUAGACAGAUAACAGGUUCUCAAUAAAGACUCUGGUUGACUUCCAUGUCAGAGCCUUUACUGUGAAACACUAAAACUGAACAUGCAAAAAUGUAUAUUAGAACUUGCGUAAGAUACAAAGUCAUUUCUCUGUGAGCUUCGACAGCAACAAAAUGCAUUCAAACAAAGGCACUAGCUCGAUGCUAAUUUAUAUUGAAAAUCCCACAUACACAUAAGCGGUCAGCAUCAGCCAUGUGGCGAUUUCAAACCCCCCCAUGUAUGACAAUUAAAUAGAUCACCAAGAUGCACAUUCCACGUAAAAGCUGAUGUAUAAUAAGCAUACAACACUUACAUCCAAACACUUUCUACGGCUCAACAAGGGGCAGGAUUGUUAUUAUUUUACACUUUAUUUUAGUUUACAGUGGAACCAGUCCCAGUCCACCGCGUUCUUCUUAGAAAUAAAAUGCGCCAGGGAUUAUGUUCCUGCGUAGGCACUAUGCCGCCCCUUCUGACACCGUCUUGAUCCUUUUAUCAUUGGGGUUGAGAGCAAGACGUGCUACUGUAACGAAAUUACCACAGUAACUCUGUUUAUGUUUAUUUUAAUGUCAGUCAGCUAGUCCGAGGGUUGUCGACAUAGAUGGGUCCCACUGUAGAUGGAGUUUGUAGCAUCUGGGUUCACUUUGAAUCGUCCACGUUAAAGUAGUACAUUACAGUACCCUUUCUUGUUAGUUCAGGUACUUCUGAAUUUAAUCUUAAGAGUUCACAAUUUGUAAUGAAUUUUCUCCCCAUUGUUCAGGUAACUGUGUGCAAAUUAUAUCAGAAAGGAAAACUGCACUUUUUAAAAAAGAAAUUUUGCCCAUCCUCCAUAAUCCUUAUGUGAGACAAGAACACACGUCUUUCUCUUUUCUGUGCGUUCUAAAGAUAUAAAAACAGAUACAAAUACGCUGCUGAGAAUGCAUGUAAUGGGAAACACUUAUUCCGCCUGCAAAACACUCCAAAAAGCGACAACAAUGCGCCAUUUACGUAUAAUGUGACGUGCAUAUUAAGCUAUAGCGACAUUGUUAUUCUUCUUCUUAUUAUUAACAUUGUUAGCUGAUUGAACUACGUUACUGGCAUACUGACACCUUGCCACACCACACCACAGCGGCUAGCUACUAGCCGGCUGGUGACUAGCUUCACCACACCCUCACUCACAAGCCUCAGACCACUACCAAAAGGUAACGCUACGUAGCAAAAUGUAGCUAGGUGUAGCGUUCGUUUCUAUGUUGCUAUGUGAAAUCAAUGCGCCCAGGGAAGGAAGUUCCGGUAAUGCUUAAAAGGACCAAAAUACAGCAAAAUACUGUAAAUAUCACAUGUUGUCAUGAAUGUACCUGUUACUGCAUAGUUACAGAAUAUACUGUAUAUAAAACAAUAAAACCUUAUUGGAGGUUUUUAGUGUUUUAAUAGCGGUCUUUGUUUGCUACAUAGGUGUGUCCCAUUACGUGCAGUAAUGAGCUGUCUCAUUUUAGCUGUUUUUAUAUCUUCAGAACGCACAGAAAAGAGAACGACGUGUGUUCAUGUCUCACAUAAGGAUUGUGGAUGAUGGGGGAAAAAUCCAAAACAAAGUGCAGUUUUCUGUGCAACUGUUCCAUCACAUUUGGCUUACUGAACUCUGUAAGAGUCGUCACGAUUUUACACUUACCUUGUUUUCAAAAUAUUAGAACGAGGCAAAAAUAACAGGGUUGGUCGUAGUGCACUCUGCAGUGGUGCAUAUAAAAUGUCUGACGGUGAAAUGAAGAGUAUAUCUUUGUAAAGGGACUAAUAUGCAAAUCUUUUGGGUUUCUUUUCUUGCUGUUUUGAUUUCUAUCAUGAAUUACGUUUUAAGGCCGAUGCGGUACAUUCGUGCCUCUGGUCUUCAUGCGAUUGACAAGUGAUAACCAUGGAAGUGAUUUUGUGCAAGGAAACAUAACGUGGAUGAAAAUAACGAUUGACAGGCCAAUAAAACCAUCAAUUGGAACCAUGGUGAGAAGACAUUGGAAAAAUGUUUCCAUGGUAGCCUUUCAAAUCAUUUGCAUUUUGCUGUUAUCAUAAUACCAAGGAAGACAUACUCAUGAUAUCCACUGUGAUAGAUCCCUGACGCAACGAUAAUUAGUCUUAUGUGGCCAUGUUUGUACCACUGGAUUCAAAAUGUAUCCUUUUUUUUGUCCUCUACCAUCCUUAGAUGAACCUAUAUUUAUACAAGUGUGGAUUUUUUGGGGAUUUAUUUUAUCAUGAGCUAAAUGAUGUGCUCAAACGUAUUUAUGCUGUCCUGUAAAUAGGCUCAGUGAAUGAAACCGCCAGCUUUUCGGACAUGAGCA